AGUUCUCGAGUUAAUUAAUUUAUUAUUAUUAUUUUAUUAAAAUAUAUAUUUUUUUAUUUUAUGUAUAUAUUUGAGUCAUAAUUAAACACAGUAAAUAUUCAAUUACAAAAUGUCCACCAUGGAUUUUAAUGUUUCGUCGAUCACGAAAGGCCAUAAUUCGCUUCAUAUCCCAAUUCCUCGUCUGGAAAAAUUGCAUUCCUUUUUCAAAUAUAAAUAAAUUAAGCAAUUCGAUUAAUUGAAUUUUUUCAUUCCAAAUAUAAAUGUAUUAAACAAUUCGAUUAAUAGAUUUUUUCAUUGUAUCCGCAGUAUGUCUUUCGCAAAUUUUCGAGGUUGUUUCUUUCGAUCGAUCGUAGUUUGACUAUAACGUCAAUCGAUUGUAAAUCAAUCUGAAUUUAUGAGACACAUUUGAUAUAAUUUAUGUAAAAGAAUAAAAUUUUUGGAUAACACAUUUCUUUUAUUAAGUACGAUUAAAUAAAUUCUGAUGUCAAUUUUUUAAAUAAAAUGAAAUAAUUACAGUUAUUUAAACAAGCCAUUAAUCAUAAAUGUGUAAAUUAUUAUUUUUCAACUUCAUGAAGUUUGAAAGUUUGAAGUGAGCGAAUUUUGCUGUUAUUACAAAAUAAUUAUAUGUAUGUAUGUAUGUACAUACAAUUAUAGUUUUUCGUUUUAUCUCAAUUACAUUUACGUUCUCAUUAUCUGGUUUCCUUCUCCAUUUUAUAUUUUUCUGUGUCUACAAUCUCUUUUUGCUUUUGUAAAUUUAUCAGUCACAUAUGCUUAAAAGAACACUUUUUUCUAUAUAUUUAUGUAUUAUUUAUAUUAUUUAAAAAAACAAUAUUUACAAUAAUAAUUAACAUAUUAUAUAUAUUUUUUUAUGUUAAAGUGUUAGUUCUUCCGUUCUAAAAAAUUUAUUGCCAUCUAUCAGUCACGAUGGAUCGUGUGUCAAGUCGUAUUUGCAGCAAUCAUGAAGGUUAUCCGGAAAAAAUAGAAAUUUGCAAUGAUCCCCAAGCAAAAACGAUGAUCGAGUCUAAAAUAUCACCGCAUAUAUUUAAGAAUCACUCUGACAGUUCUCAAAUGAUUAGAAAGAUUGAUAAAUCACUGGAAAAGCAAAUGUUUUUUGACGAUGAAAUUUUAAAAAUAAUCAGAGGAAUGUUAUUGGCCUUGUCGAUAUUGUUCUUAUGCUAUUAUGGACCAAUGCAAUACAGUGUCUUGGAGAAUGGACAGAUCCUUCGUGGUUUUUCUUCGAGAGAAACAAUUAUGACAUUUAGUUUGGGCUAUUCUGCCUGGCAUUCCAUAAUAUCCGUUAUUGCAACUGGCAUGCUCAUUUAUUCCAUUAUCUUAAAACAGCCGCAAUUUAGUUUGCCUCUCAUGGGUCUUUUUCUGGCUGAACUUGUCUAUGAUUCCUGCGAUGCGAUUGAAAUGGUUUGGUACUUUUUUGGAUAUCUUCGGCUACAAACCGCACUGCUUUAUGCCGCAGGAAUCUUUCUACUGAUCUUGGCAGAAAUAUGGACCUGGCUGGGUAUUCUGCGACUCUAUGAAUAUCGAAAUUUUCAAUCAUAUUAGAUGACAGACGAUGAAGAUGAGAAGACGAGUACGAAAAAAUUUGUAUAUUAUAUAUUUUGUAAUCCGUAUAUAUUAUAUUACGUAUUUUU